CCCUCCGCAGAGCAAAGAGCUGUGGUAGAUGCCCUGCGCGAAGCAAACGACAAGUCCAAUUACUUCUACCGUGGCUGCUCCCUCUUCAUUCUCAGUCUCGUCAUCAUCACCUACCUCACGCCCAUCCCAGCAUAUAUUGCUGGUACACAUCCGGAGAACCACCUCACCCUACUGUGGCAUCCGCACCAUCUAGAAGCCAGCCACGAAGACGUCUACUAUCUCCCUGCCGGCCCCAUCUAUGCCAUCUUCCUCGCCUUUCAAGGCCUCGUCGUCUUUGCAGCAGCCAGAGAGGUCGCAGAUCAAAUGGGUCUCAUCAGCGCUACCAAGGGAAGGUCCUUCCCCGCUCAGCCUCACCUCUUCGGUACAGCUCCAGACUGGCUCGUGCCGUCUUUGACCGACUUGCGCUUCGUUCCGGCCCAGACAAGCAAAACUAUGGACAAGAGGGCCGACACGCCAGAAGCAGCUGCCAAGGCUAGCGCCCUACAGCUGCCCCCAAGGCUCAUCUACAUGGGAUUCUUGACCUUUAUCAGUCUGCCAAUGCCAUGCAUGGUCUUUGGAGCGGGCAAUUUCAUCAAUGCCGGUUGGUGGGCCAUUAGCUCUGCCGCUCUGGUCAUCGUGUGUAUCAUUGAGUACGCCAUUGCCGGUAGUGAGAGGGAGCUCAAGGGUCUGGAUGGGAGUAGGUACAACUACAAGGGAGCAUAG